AUGGCGCCGGCCGUGCCGCAGCGGCACGCCGCCCUGCUGGCCGGGGGCGCGGCGCUGGGGCUCUGGCAGGCCGGCGGUGCCUUUGCCCCGAUCCUCCCGGGCGCCACGGCGAGGUCGCCCGCGGAGGCCCGCGGCCUGCGCGGCGCGGCGGGCGCCGCCCCGGAGGGCCCCGCGCCCUCGGGCGCCGCCGCCGCCCUCGCCUGCGGCGCGGCCUCCGUGGCCCUGGCGGCCUCCGCCGCCCGCCGCUCCAAGCAGGUCGCCCCCGCCGCGCGCCGCGCCUUCGAGGGCGAGCUCGGGGUCCAGGCGCCCGUGGGCUACUGGGACCCCCUGGGCCUUGCGGCCGACGGCGACGUGGAGGACUUCGCGCGGCGGCGCGAGGCGGAGCUCAAGAACGGCG